AUAUAUUUUUUUGGAAGAAAACGCAAACAAAUGAAACAAUCGGAUCGCCGACUACGUCACUGUCCCGAGGUUCAUGAUUCAGUCUGAUUGUUUGGAUGCCGAGAAUAAAAAAAAGAUAUAACAUCGCCGCGAACUGAAGCAUCUCCAACAAAUAUAGAAACGGCUAUCAAUUUAAUCGAAAAGACAGACUCUAAGUCAAGAGACUUCUCAAGACGUACUAGUUUGUUUAAUUAAUUGUUUUCACGAAUUCAUGAACUUGAAAAACGAAAGUCCUGUGCAUUAAGAGUGAAAUGUGAAAACAAACUUAUUGGCAUGAAAACAUUUGAAAGAAAAAAAAGCAAUACUGAUGAUAAUCUCGCAGUUAGUUUAGAAAAAUACGAGUUUCAUUUGGGUGAUUUUUGUUUGACUUGUCAUGAUGUAAAUAUGGGAGACUAGAUAUUGCUGGAGCGAAAUUAAUUAUGUUUCGCUCAUUGUUGAUCGAUAAUAGGUAGGUAUUGUUAAGUGAAAUAGGAUUGUUUUAUCGAAGAUCGAACUUUUUCACUCACGCGUUCUAAGAAGGGAUUGGUGUUAGUAGUACAAAGUUUUCCCGGCCGUUUUGAUGUGAUUGUACUGGAUACCUUCUUCAGCUAUGACCGGGCAUGCAGAUAUGUAACUACAGUAGCUUAAUUUUUGCUGGAAAUGUCACAGUGUUACUAAUCGUGUCCAUGACAACAGAUUAUUGGGAGUACAGAAGUUUUAACCAAACCAUGCUAAAAGAAACGCUUCAUAAGGCAAAUCAAACAGAGUUUGACCAGCCCUUGGAUACGAAUAGUUAUACGUCUCUAUGGUACAAAAGAAAAAUGCUUCCCAUAUUACGAGACUCGGUCAAAAAAGAGAUAUUAUAUCAACCUCCGCUUUUAGUGGAGAAUUUUUUCAGUGUUACAAAGAACAUAUCAGACUCCAAUAAAGAGAAAUCUGCGGACAUACAUUCGGACAUGCUCGCUGGACUAGUGGUAUUAUUUGAACAGUACGGAAACCUUUUCCGAGACUGUGAUGCUCUGGAAGAGGGUGUCAGACAGCGGCUUUACCUGGUACAGAAAAGGGUAGAUAGGUGCGAGUACCUCAGUGGUAGGGAAAUCGAGGCGGCUAGUGACGUCACAGAACUCAUUGUCGUAAAACAUUUGGAGCGUGCAGCCUGCGCAUUUGCUCUAUUAUGCAUGGUGUCUAUGGUAGCCGGCCUGAUUACAGGUGCUUAUGGUCUAUUUGGUCACCAUACAAGAGUUCUUGUUUGGGCAUCGUGUUGCUCGUUAAUAUCUGGUAUGUUGCUUACUCUCGCAAUAGCACUUUUCCAUGGGAAAUGUUAUAUUUUACGACGAACAGAACUAUUACAUGGAUAUCGCAUCCCCCACAAGAAAAUAAUCAACGAAUCACGAACGUACAGCUUUGGUUGGUCCUUUUAUUUGGCCUGGAUUUGUGUUUUCCUGUGUUUUACAUCUUCCUAUGUGUGGCUUUACAAAGCACAGGACCCGAAACAGACAAAACUUCCUAGUGUUAACUAUAUUCGACACAGGUACAGAAGAGGGAAGUACUCCUACUUCGAAGAUUAACAUACAAUAUUAUUACGUAGAGACGUAGAAGAAGAUUUUUUUACUGCUCUUUUACAUAACGAUAUAAAUUUAUAUUCACAUAGUUUAGUUUGUAGAAAAGUGUAUAUUUUGCUCUAUUUUACAAAAGAUUAAGGAAUUUAUUAUUGACAAUCAUAAGCCUUUACACCUUUAUUUCAU